AAUGGCACUCGCGCGGCGCACUGGCGCGCAUGCGCUGAUAGACAUUUUACCGCCAAACGCCGCACUCGUUGUUUCACUAUAAAAAAAUCAACAAUAUUUAAUUUCGACAUUGAUAUAUUUAUUUUUAAUAUUAAUUUCGUAUUGAAUUAAAUUAUUGACACACUUUUAAUUUAAUUUUGUUGUGUCAAAGCUUGUUAGACAUUUGUGUGAGUUGUUUGUAAUAAACAUUUUUAUUCGGUAUUUUGUACGUAAAAUACUGUCGUAAUAGAAAAAAUGCAGUAAAUUUUUUUUGGUCGCAAUCAAUUGUAUGCAGUGUGAGUGCUGUGUUUACGUGAUGUGUUCACGAUGUGGCUGGCUUUUGGACUGCUGUUGGUGCUGAAUGAUGCGCUCGCAUCGAACUCUAGCAUCACAACUUUCGUAGAUGUGUGGCAAUCGAUUCACUACCUGCCGCGGAAAUCGAACGUGCGACGUCAACGUGCUAUACCGGCGUCUACACCGUUUCCCUGCGCGAGCUCUAUACCAUGGGGCAGAAGUCGGCAGCGGCCCACAUCGGUUCACCGGUUGCGACCCGGUGACAUCGAUGUGGUGGCCGCUAUCGGGGAUUCCCUUGUAGCCGGCAGCGGAGCCCUAGAGGAGUUCGCGCUUGGUGCUAUUGUGGAGUAUCGAGGCGUAUCUUGGUGUGCAGGUGGAGACAGCACUUGGCGUGAAUUCCUAACGCUGCCCAACAUUCUUAAGGAGUACAAUCCCAACCUGCGCGGCUACUCUACGGGCACGGGGGAAUGGCUGGCGAAGAACUCCAGGCUCAACGUGGCCUUCCCCGUCGCGUCUGAUGAAGAUGCAUACAAACAAGCCAAGAUCUUAGUCGCACGUAUGCGUGCGUCCCCGGAUAUUGAUAUGGAGCGUGACUGGAAGAUGGUGACGGUAUUCAUCGGUGCCAACGACCUGUGCUCAGCUUCCUGCCUGUCGCCGGUCUCUUGGUCACCGGCUGCACACGCCAGAAAGCUCGCACGCGCCCUCGACUACUUCUACGAGCACCUGCCCAGGACCAUCAUCAACCUUAUUCCCGUGCUAGAUGUGUCGGUGUCGGUGCGCGUGGUGCGGCCACUGAUGUGCCGGCUGAUGCACUCGCUGUUCUGCACGUGCUUCCACCGCGGCGGCAACGAGCUGCGCGACCUCGUGCGCAUGGCGCGCCUCUACCAGAAGGCCGAGCUCGCGCUGGUGGAGAGCGGGCGCUACGAGCAGCGCGGCGACUUCACGGUGGUGGUGCAGCCGUUCAUGCGGCUGUUCAACGCGCCACCCGCGCCGCGCGGCCCGCUGCCGCUCGUCAUUCACCGCUCCUAUAUCACGCACGACUGCUUCCACUUCUCACAGAAGGGCCACGCGCUCGCGGCAAACCUCCUGUGGAACAACCUCCUGGAGCCUGUGGGCAACAAGUCGGACAACGUGCCUCCAAUUCUGAUGAAGUCCUUCCGCUGCCCGACUCCUGAAGCUCCCUUUUUCUUCACCGCCAAAAACUCCAGGGUAUACCUGGAAACCGGACGUCAGGAAGGAGCUGACGAGCUCUGAUAUCCACCCAACAAUUUGAGGUGUUGGUUAAGAAUAUAGUCUGUUCACUAAGAUAGUGUCGGUACACCCGUGGCGCACUUAUUUUUUUUAUUGUGUUUGUCAAAUAAAUGUUUUUCUAUUCUAAGAAUAAAAAACAAUUCUAUUUUAUUCUUGUGGUUACUAUAAUAAAAUACGAAUAUAAAUUUCAUUAUGGAACCUUUCACUACGGCGCUUCGUUUUAAAAUACCAAAUUCUCCUGCACGCCACUGGUGUACGCCGCACGCGGCGACCUUUGAUGUCGCGGUGGCGUAUUUAACAAGAUGCGGCACCUGCAGAGGCCGUGCAACACAAAGGCGACCGAAUAUAAGCGAACAGACCAUACACGUUUAUUUUGUACAACUUUCUGUUACGAGUUACAAUACGCCAAGAGACUACUAAAAUAAUGUAGUGUGUGAGCGGAUGUUCAACUUGCUCUCUUGCUUACGAAACUAACCAUUAACAGCAAUAAAACAGCGUAUUGUAAUAUACAUUAAGUAUAUUGCAAUAACAAUUCAACGACACAGUAAUUUGUGCUGGAAACUUUAAACAUAAUAGCACUAAAAGAUUACGUUGUAAAAAUUUGUGUGUAAAAGUGGAUAAAACUUUUACGUGGUAGACCCUUUGGUACGUAGAGACUCUUUUUACUGGAAACGAGGCAUUCCAUCACAGUCCUCAGGUCUGCAUUUGAUUCGUAAUCGAGGAUAGAUGUAGAUGUCUAUGGGCCACAGAAACCACUUACCAUCAGGUGGACUGUGUGCUCGUUUGUAACCGUAUCCUAUAAAAAAAGAUUAAAUAUACAAACCAACAGCAUCACCACAUAUUAAGGUGUGAAAUUGGUCAGCUCCAUAAGAACGGAUUGAGUUGAGUAAUUUACACGAAAUUUCGCGUUAUACCCAAAUACAUCUAUGUAUACUACUACACCGGCAAUUCAGAACAAAAAUUAUGUCACAGCUGGGGAUCGAGCAGGCAGAUACCCUUCACGGUAAAUGUGCCACGCACUUGUAUUUACAUUAACAAAAAUUACUGUUUUUAGGCAAAUACGUAAUGAAGUUUGGUAUAUAUACUUAUCUGAAUUAAAUUUAAAUCACGUUGACAAAAAUAAUGACAGCGUUUUCUUAGUCACAUUAAACAACAUCAGUGUUAGAUUGUCAAAAAACGUCCGCGGUUUACAAAACAAAGAACUAGUCCCCUUGCCCACUCGCAAUCGACUAAAGUAGUUACGGAGAAUUGACCGUAGCUUAGUGCACAAUGUUAUACCGUAGUAUACCCGUAUAGUAGAUACAUAGAAAUGUUUGGUUCUACGCUCAUUAUAAUUUCAUUUUCCACCAACUAUAUCUGACUUUUGGUUUCGUUUUGCCUUUCCAUACGUUUUGUUUGACGUCGAAGCUUCAUUUGUUUCGAAGUGUCCGUCUUGGUUGGUAUAACCUUACCUUACUCUGUGGCCAAGUAAUAGUGCCAUGUACAAUCUAAGUCCUCAUUGUGAAGGGUUGCGAUAAUCUCUUACCAUCUCAUGGCAUGUGAACUCGUUCAUAAAUGUUGAUCGAGGUGAUAUAUGGCAUUCAAAUGUUUAUCUACAACUCGGCUUAAUAAUUUCGUUGCCUUUAGACACGCCAUUUUAACUGUAACAGUGAAGUAUUGUUACGAUACCAGUAGAUAAUAUUAUAUACCAAAAUGUCUAGAAGUAAUUUUAGGAACUGUGUGAUUAUAUCUUACUAAGCUUGGAUUUUUGUUAAAGAAAACAAUUAAAGAAAAUUUAGAAAUGCUUAAUUGGUUUACAAAAUAUGCUCAAUUAACUAGUCCUUGUUUUAAAAUUUGGGUAACAACCUUUAACGAAUAAAAUUAUUUUCUAAAAGUUAUACUCUAAAACAUUGACGUGCGUAGCUAGAAAGAGGCGUGGUCCCCCUACAAAAUCUAGUGCCUUCACCCAAAAUAUGUUGUCUUUAACUACCUAAGAGAAUUAAUUCCAGCGUUGUCUAAUUAGUUUCAACAAGCCUACGCCAAAUUGGGCCCAUACCAUCCCAGAAAAAAUGUUGGCAACGCUUGUAAUCACGAUUGAGAUGUUUUAUUCCAUUUUAAUUUCUAAAGUCCAAUAAUUUUAAAGUAACCGCCAAAAAUUUGAGUGGGAUACAUUUUUUAAUAUGUAUUUUAAAUAUUUACGGUGGACUUCCACUUGACCGCAUCCAGCGCUGCAACACUGGCACUGCGUAGAGAUGUUGCAUCUCUUUGCGUAUUUUAUCGCAUUUACCACGUGGAGUGCUCUGAGGUACGACUUAGGGACCUUCAAGAAAAAAACCUACUACUUUUUAAAAGGCCGGCAACGCAUCUGGAAUUCCCCUGGUGUUGCGGUUGUUCAUGGGCGGCGGUAGUCACUUACCAUCAGGUGAACCGCAUGCUCGUUUGCCCCCUCUCCUAUAUAAAAAAGAAUUGAUUUGCAGCGAACAAGUAUGUAUUUGAACAAGAUUUUAGUCCUUGUGCAAUUUAUGUAUGUAAAAUGCCUCCACGAUACAGGAGAAAAUCCUAGAUUGGGGGUUACGUGUUUUCUUGUAAAUAUGAUUAAAUUUAUUGUAUUCUGUAUUGUAUUGUAUUGACAUGUUAUAUUCAACUUAUAUACUCUACAUAAAGACCAUAGACUAUCGUUGUAUGACUUAGGGCCAAUUUUUCAAUCAACAGACAAAAGUUAUUCAAAGGAUAAAAUACAACCUAAACAAAUUAUAAAGAAAACAUGUGUGCCGUCAACACACAGUAGAAGUAAAAUAUUCAGAAAAUUGUAAGUAAAUUUGCUUUGUAAUAGCACCAUCUACUUCAUUCUAUAGGUAAAGUAAUUUUAUCGACCAAAAAUUUAUUGACUGUCAAGGUGGUACGUAAAAUAGACGCUAGAUGGCAUAAACACUAUUACUUUACUAUAAUAUUCUAAGUCGUACUCUCGUAGCCUAAAUCCUAUAUGUGUAUAUGUUUGUCUCAUUUAGUGUCACUUUUUCGUUUCAUCGUGUUACAAAUCAUAACGAUUGUUAAGAAGUUUUCACUUCAAACUAAAUUACAGUUGUAUGAACAAAUUCAAUUAAAUUUCUUCACAUUUAUAUUCAGUCAAGUUAUAAUUUAUUUGAUGGAUAACUUUUAUCUGACGAUUGAACAAUCGGCUCUUAAGCAACGAACCUUCUUUAACUGAUUUUAUAUAUAAAUACUCUUUAUUUAUAUUUAUAAAACACAGGGUUUACCCUAACUUAGGAAGCAAGUUCAUUUUUAAGAACAUAUUUAGUAUAUAAGAUGCAUUGUUUGACUCUUACUCUGUAUCACUUUUCUAUCUGAAUAAAUUAUUAUUAUUAUUAUUAUUUGGAUCAAUCAUCGUAUAUAUCCGUUAAGCGCCUUAUUCACGAUCCAUCUUGCUGUACGUCCCGCCAUGGUCAUGCACAACGCACAAUGCAAAACGACAAUGAGUAGGCUUGACAGCAAGCAAUUAAUAAUAAUUAUUGACGUACGUGGGAUUCGAACUCGGCACCAAAUGAUCAGCAGCCACGUUUACCACAACUAUACCAACGAGGUAUUCCGAUGACGAUGAUGUAUAGUAUAUUAUAAAGAUACCUCAUUAUUUUUAAGGGCUUUUUUAAACAAUUUAGAAAAUCAGCCCAUUUUAGUUACAAAUGAAAAAAAAAUUAAUUAUUUUCCUACAAUUUUAUUUUGUUUUGUAAUUUCUUUAAUUUAAUUCAUGACAAUAUUACAAUAAUUAAAAAGAUGGUCUAGUUUUAAUAGUGCCAUUAAUAUAUUAGUUGAAUUAAUGUAUGUAUAUAUAUACUUAAUAUUAUUGUUGU